AUGGACACCAUGGAGCCGGAACAGACCCCCUUCUCCUCCGUUACGACGCACACGUCCAAAAUCCAAAGACAAUACCAAGCUCUCCUUGACCAGUCAACGCCGUUUGUGCUCUACAGAUGGGUCAGCACCGGCUUCUUCCUCAUCAUCUUCUUCGUCCGCAUCUUUGUCGCGCAAGGCUGGUACAUCGUCGCAUACGCACUCGGCAUCUACCUCCUGAACCUCUUUUUGGCGUUUCUGCAACCCAAGUUCGACCCUUCCAAUGAGGCGCUUGAUAAUGAGAUGGAAGGUGGGGGCGUAGGCAUUCUCCCGACCAAGCAGGACGAGGAGUUCCGCCCCUUCAUCCGCCGUCUCCCUGAGUUCAAGUUCUGGUACUGGGCCACCCGCGCUAUCCUCAUCUCCUUCUUCUGCAGUUGGUGGGAGAUCUUCAACGUCCCUGUCUUCUGGCCCGUUCUGGUCAUGUACUGGUUCAUCCUCUUCUUCCUGACGAUGCGCAAGCAGAUCCAGCACAUGAUCAAGUAUCGCUACGUCCCCUUCACCUUCGGCAAGAAGAACUACGUGAAGAACAGCUCCCUCGUGGAACUUUUCCGGGCCACUUGCACCUUCCUCGUCAACGCGACCGCGACCCCCGUCCCUCCGCCAAUCAACCAAGCUCUCAUCCUCCCCUCUCCCACCACUUCAAUUCGGCACGACUCGGGAAUCACUGAGAAUCUAUACUCCAAUGCCCUGCCACCGCCUCCUAACCCCCCAAAACUGCUUGAUAUCCCCAAUACCGGCCUUGCCAGUGGUCAAUACACGACGCCUGGCUUCGCAUCGCGUCUUGCUCGAGAGCAACCGCUGAACAUCGAGGUUGACGCGGAGCUAGGAAUGCCCCUGGACCUUGUGGGCAUGCCUGGUAUUUUUGACGGAGAUGAGAGUUCAAUUCAGGCCCCAUCGCAACCUCCUCCCGCUCACCCUCACGACCGACCUCUUCUCAGACCGCUGUCUACGCUGGGCCGCGCAAAGAGCAGCGCUGAAUCAUCAGUUUCCUUCCUUCGCAGAACCGAAUACAUUUCGUCUGUGACACCCAGAAAGGGAGGCGCCGCCACGGGCGCUUUCAUCAAUCCCAAGCUCAAGCGUCCAGAGAAGCGUCGCUCCCCGGAGCCGGACAAGGAUUCUCCUGCUGCCAUCAAGCGCAAGAUCGAGAAGAGUUUCGAGAGCGCCGAACGUUUCGUCAGCAACCCAAGUCGACACCGUCAUCCCAGCAAGCCCACCGUCCAUCUUGUGCAGUCAUACCCACUGCUGCCCGAUCACGAUGCGCUCCCUGACUCCGGUGCCUAUGUUACCGUCAAACUGCUCACCAACCCAGUGGCCAGCGCCAACAAGUACGACCGUCGCCUGCUUAGCGGACUUUUGCGUCCCCUUGAUCGGAGCCCAGAGGAGAACGAGGCUUAUCAGGCCGCCCUCGAGGCACACGAACGUGACCCUGUCCGCAACCCUAAGCCCGCCAAUCUUAUGGACUACAGCUUCUUCCUCCCUGCCACACAGACCACGGCUGAGAACUUCCGCGCCAAGUUCGACCCUGAAAAUCCCGACCACGAUGAUGACUCGCUGUAUACGCACAAGAGUCAGGGCACCGACGGUUGCUUCCAGUUCUCACGUCUGCGUGCGUAUGAAACGACCAAGGAGACGGAGCUCGACCACAAUACCAAGUAUAGCGAAGAGCUGAUCCUUGCAUUUAAUGACGAGCCAUCGGGCAGCAAGCAAAAGGCCGCCUAUUACUACCCCGUCAUCCAGCGUACCACUAUCCGACCUCAACGUGCGAAGAACAUUGCACGUACGCUUAGCCAAGUGGAGGAUGAGGGACAGGUCGUUAACGAGGUGGAGGUGUCCAUCUGCGACCCCAAGGGCAUAACCCGCGAAAACAUGAAGCGGUACAGAGAGAAGCCCAUUGGUUUUGUUGAGGAGGUUCAAGAAAACGCCGAGGGCAACGGCGAGGGUGCUGCGCCUGGCACACCUUCUGACCGGGAUGCUGAUGGCGAUGAGGAAGACGAUGAUUGA